UUAACGUAUAAAUAUUUUCCGAUAAACUAAACAUUUUGGAAUACGCAUCUGAUCUGAAACAUUAGUAUGUAACAGUGAGAUGAUAAAGUUUUUCAUUUAGCUUGCUAACCUCAUUGAUAGAUUAAUGAAUUCGAAAUUUGGUUCGUCUGAAAAGUGUAUUAAUUUUUGUUUUUGAUUUAAAAUGGACAAGUUAAGGAGAGCUUUGAACGGUAAUGAACGAUGCGAUGAGGAAAGUGGUAUUAUUACCCAGGUUGAUGCUGAUUUCAUGGUUAUGGAUCAAACAACAUUAAGUUGGUCUACCAGGAUAAAAGGUUUUGCAAUUUGUUUCAUCGUUGGCAUAUUAUGUUCAUUCCUUGGAUCCUUUGCCUUGUUUUUACAGAAAGGUCUUGCCGUAUUUGCUGUAUUUUAUACUUUGGGCAAUAUUAUCUCUUUAGCCAGUACGUGUUUCUUGAUGGGUCCAUGUAAUCAAUUUAAGAAGAUGUUUGCAUCGACGAGAAUAAUUGCAACUAUAUUAGUAUUUGUCUCGAUUGCUUUGACAUUUUUUGCAGCUGUACACUUGCAUAAUCCUGGUCUAGCUCUUCUAUUUAUAAUCAUUCAGUCACUAGCUAUGACAUGGUAUUCCUUAUCAUAUAUACCAUAUGCUCGCGAUGCUGUCAAAAAGACAGUGGAAGCCUGUGUUACAUGAAAAGAGAAAUUAUCUUUCUUUUUCAUUGUAUCAAAAUUUGUUAUAGAAACAUC